AUGGAGUACUUCGACUUUGAAGGUGCCUCAUCGGCUCACGAAUCCAAUCACCCAAGCGACGAUGUUGCUUCAGUUGAUCUAGAAUUUGAAGAAGCCGGAGAACGGGACGCCAAUUUCAACUCAAUAAUCCAAGAUCAGCCAUUGGAUUUUGUUCAUGACCCGCUUGUCCCGGAGACGGCCGAACAAGACUUACCUGAUGCCGUUGGUCCCGAACAGGACACCGGAGUCUACCCCAUGUUCCGCGCCGAACAGGCCUGUGACUUUUGUCGACGAAUGGGCCUUGACUGUUUUGUUGCCAAGCGUGGUGUGAUGCAUCAGAACGGAUGCACCUGUUGUAUCUCUCUUUACCGUGAAUGCAGCUUCACUCAUGCCAAAGUCCCCGGAAAGUUCCUUCAGACAUUGCACCCAGUGCCGGAGACUGUUUAUAUUCCAACGGGUGGCUUAAUUGGCAAGAGAGCACUCAAAUCGGUUUCCUAUGGUGGAUUUGGGGAUGAUUCAGAUUCACGUUCUCGCAAGAACAGCAGCACCACUCGAUUUUCGCGCAAGGCUCUCAAUGUUCUCAAGGGUUGGCUGCGCGAUAACAAUGAUAAUCCCUAUCCCACCGAAACCGAGAAAGAUGAUCUGAAGAACAACACCGGCCUGACAAGAACACAAAUCACCAAUUGGCUCGCGAAUGCUCGAAGACGCGGCAAGGUUCGCCCUUCUGCUGCCACUGACACUGGAGUUCCAGGCGCCAUAAACAUCCCCGGUCAAAACCCAACGGACAUAUCGCUCAUGACUCCCAUUGAACGUUGGAAGCACUCGCCACCCGAGAACGAGCCUGCUACUAUCAGUGAUAUUGCCCGUGCCCUGGCGAAUCCGCCAUUUGAUCCGUCGCGUCAACAACGCCCACCACAAUCGAGUCACGUGAGGGUCCGUCGCCCUGGAUCUACCAAUGAGUCAAGCCACGCAAGCUCAGACCACAAAAGAUAUACCGCCUCGGGAAGUAGUUUGGGUACUAGUCACUCAUCCCUGUCCGAUCUUUCCUUUGCUUCUGCAUAUUCCCAUCGAUCUUCCCUCUCAUUUGGUUCAAUGGAUCGCAAAGAACGUCGCCGUCGCCGUAAGGCAUCGGUACCUGUCAACACCUUCAAUCAUCAGAAGGCUCGAGCUGUUCGUCCAUUUCAAUGCACCUUCUGCACUGACUCCUUUGCUGCAAAGUAUGAUUGGCAACGUCAUGAAAAAUCUAUGCAUUUGAUUUUGGACAAGUGGACAUGCUCACCUCAUGGCGGUGUCACCGAGGAGAAUGGUACACUUCGAUGCGUCUUCUGCUUCGCCAUAAACCCUGACAAAGACCACUUGGAAACCCACAACUACCUCAGCUGUCAAGAAAAAUCAAUUCAAGAGAGAACUUUCUACAGGAAAGAUCAUCUCAAUCAGCACCUCCGCCUCAUGCACAAUGCCAAAUUCCAGCCCUGUAUGGAAAUUUGGCAGAGUAGCAUUACCAAUAUCAAAUCCCGCUGUGGGUUCUGUGCAUCAAUAUUGCACACGUGGAAGGACCGUGUGGACCACCUCGCUGGCCACUUCAAAAAUGGGGCCAAUAUGUCCCAAUGGCAAGGAGACUGGGGUUUCGAACCCUAUAUCCUUGAGCGUGUUGAAAACGCCAUCCCACCUUACAUGAUCGAUUAUGAGUGGCGCUCACCGAAUCCCUGGACCACCGUGCAGGCACAAGGUGACGACACUACCCCGAGGCUGAGUGUACCUCACGAUGCCAAUUGCUAUGACCGCCUCUCACACGAGCUCACUGCGUACAUCCAUCAUCAAACCACGGAGGGCUUGAUCCCCACUGAUCAGAUGAUACAAGCUGAAGCCCGUCGAGUGAUUUAUGGCUGUGAUGAUCCUUGGAAUCAAACCUGCGCCGACAAUCCUGUCUGGUUAGGCAUCUUGAAGCGAGAUACUGGACUCCAAUCGGUUGUUCACGAUGACAGGAUUCAGUACUCGGAUCUUGGACUACAGCCUCCCUUCGCCGUUGAUGGAGGUCUGCGCGAUCCUCCACCAGAAACCAAUAUUUUAGCGAGGGCCGUAUGCCCUGGUGCACUUCCCAGUACGGCUGUAUCUAGUCCUGGCUUCCGCAGUCCGGCAUACCCAGGAACUGGUUUUUCUUCUGCCGGCCCCAGCGGCGCAGGAAGUCUCUCAGGCAGCUAUGUUGGUAGCGCAGGGAUGAUAUCAGCUGGCGUCCCAGCAUUUACCUCUGAUUGGAGCAGUAGCCUUCCAGGCAACGCUUCGGCCUCUUCCGCUCCUGCAGAAGGGUCUGCUGAUCCGUUGGUGCAGAUGGGCUUCGAUCCAGAGUUCCUGCAACGAUUAAACGAUAGCUACAGUGAGCUUGCGCCGCCUGAGUUGGAUGACCACCUACCUUUGGGUGAUUUUACAGAUUAUGAAGGCAAGGGAAAACAGAAAUGGGUGGAUCUGAGCCAGCGAACCCCAGAUACCAUUGGCAUUCUCCAUUCAAAAGAGGGCGGUCCUCCUGCAUCAGAGAUUACCCAGCAGGGUAGACCUGCAUUUUAUGAUAAUGUCGAAUUUUGA